AUGCGUUUCUCCGCCUCCGUCAUCCUCUCCGGCCUUCUGGCUACCGGUGCUAUUGCUGCUCCCGCUGGGUUGAGGAAGCGCGGCGUCCUGACCGCCCAGUCCUACGCCGAUUUCCAGGUCUCUGAUGGCGUCGCUGGAAACGCGCUAGCUGAAGUUCAGGCAAAGUUCCCCAUCGACACAUCCGACCUCGCCAACGUCGACGCCGCCGACGCCAAAAUCAUCUCGGACGCCCGGGAAACAGCCGAGUCCGCCGAGACCGACGCCUUCAACCCUGCCAUCGAAGCCGCAUCGGGUGACGCCGCGACCGCACUUACAAACGGCAAGAUAAAGAACAAGGUGCUGAAGCUGCAGCUUGAGGUAUUGGAUCUGCAGAUCUCGGCGGCGCAGAGUGGAGACGACAACAGCGCUAAGAUUGCGGAGGAGCAGAAGAAGUUGGAUACGAACAUUGCGACGGAUAAGAAGAAUGCGGGACAGGCGAGUCAGAGCGUGCCAUUCACUGGUUAA